AGAUGUGGGGAACUGAUGACGAAGAGUUCCUGUUGGAACUUUGGGCUGCCUCUGAGCCACAGCUCAGAGGCAGCCGAAAAAACGGACAUAUAUACAAGGAAAUGUCCAAGGAAUUUGAGGGGCGGCCAAUGUCUUAUUCUGCGGAGGAAAUAAAAAUGAAACUCCAUAAUUUAACGACCAAAUACAAGAAGGAAAAACAAAUCAUUGGUCCAUCCGGAGGUUCCCCAUCCGAAUGGGCUUUAUACAAUAAAGUACACAGCAUUCUUGGAGGACACCGGAUACACAAUUUAGAGUUUGUUGUGGAAGACAGUCGUCCUUCAGGUAAAAUUAUAAUUUUAACAAAAUUCAUGUAUGUAAAUACAUUACACACUCUAUUUUAUAUUCUUUCAGAGUCCAUUUCCAAUUCAAGUGGGUCUACGGCUGCAGUUUCAUCAUUAGAUAUCACGGUGAUAGAGGACCAUGAGUAUUCAGAAUGCUCCAACAAAGAAAACCCAUUAUCUCCAUCGCCUGAUGAGGGUGCAUCCACAUCUAAAGCAAAAAAAAGAAAAAUAUGUGGUGAAAAACUAAAGGCUAUUGAUGAAGAGCUUCUAAAACACAGUAAAGAGGAAUCACAAAAAUCAUUAAGAAUUGAAGAAGAAAAACUUGCAUGCUUUAAAGAGUUUGUUGCUGAUGCAAAAAAGUUCAAUGCAUCUGUACUUGACAUUUUACGAAAAAAUAAAUAAUUAUAGUAACUAAAAAUAA